AUGGAUUCCGGCUCCAGAAAGGUGGAAAAACGCAAUCGACCACCCGUCUCUUGUGAGCCGUGCCGCACCAGAAAACUCAAGUGCAACCGUGAGCUGCCCUGCGACUCAUGUGUUAAACGAAACAAGUCUUCGCUGUGCCACUAUGCGAGCAACGCAAACAGAACCAGGUCUGCUCCCUCGGCGCCUCAGCGCGACCUCAAAGACCGGCUACAUACCCUUGAGGCGAUGGUUUCGUCUUUUCUAUCGGGAGACGCGGUCAUAGAAACAGAGAGAGGCCGUGCGAAUGAUCCUAACCGAAGAGCCCCCUCGGCAUCUGGUGAUUUUCAAAAUGUGACCCCUUCAAAGUCGAAUUCAAGUCCCAGUCAUGCUGGUGGAGAAGACAACGCGUUGACUCCGGAGACACCUCAUAUGCACGAAACAGGCGAUGGCCAGGUUCACUAUAUCGAUCGUAACCACUGGUUGUCGAUUCUGGAAGACAUCAAAGAAGUUCGAGAACAUUUGUCCGGGUCCAGUCACCCAUCGCCUUAUGAUGGCGGAUCCCAGGAACAUGACCGGAUAGAGCCCGACGCCAGCUUUCUAUUUGGAGCGAAUCCCAACGUGGAUAUAAGCGACAUACUUACGUCUCUGCCUCCGCAGCCUGUCUGCGAUCGGCUUCUUUCGUUCUAUUUCUCCACUCGCUUUCUUGUUGGAGGAGUCGUUCACCCUGCAAAGUUUCAAAAAGAGUAUGAAGCAUUCUGGGAUGCCCCAGAAAAAGCACCGCCCCUCUGGACCGGUCUCCUCUUCGCUCUUCUUGGUUUUGCAACAUGUCUUAAAAACAUUGCCAAAGCUGGCGACAUGGAUGAAUCGAUCCCCUCUACUAGGCUGAUGCAGCAGCGGCUCAUCCAGUGUCUUAUCCUAGGAAAGUAUGCGACUGCCAACUCCUUUGCGCUCGAGGCGUUCUUGAUCCAUCUCCAGACAUCUUUCAUCACAAGCGAUCAUGCACCUGUGAACUUGUGGUUUGAGAUGGGCACUGUGAUUAGACUUGCCUUUCGCAUGGGAUAUCAUCGCGAUCCCGAGCAUCUCGCUGGGAUAUCUGCCUUUGAUGGCGAGAUGCGGCGACGAGUCUGGUUAAAUAUAUUCCAGAUCGAGGCAUUGAUGUCGUUCCAGCUCGGCUUUCCGAGUAUGAUUCCGUCCGAGUUCUGUGACUCGAAGGUACCUCGGAAUCUAGAUUAUCCUGAUCUUCGCAUGGAUAUGAAGGAGCUACCUCCAAGUCGUUCGUUUUCCGAACACACCCCUGUCCUAUACACUGUCGUGAAAGCUCCCGUUAUGAAUAUGUUCAAGAAGAUUGCGGCGCACACACAAGCUCUUACAGUCCCAUCUUACGAAUCCACGCUGGCACUAGAUGCCGAGUUCAACCGUGUUUACGCAAGCAUGCCGGAUACGUUCCAGCGGCGAGAUGUGAACCGUAGUUUCAUGGACUCAUCCGCGUUGAUUCUGCAACGCUGCACAAUUGAGAUUCUCUACCUCAAGGGCCUCGUGAUUCUUCAUCGGCGUUAUGUAAGUUACGAUCUCAACAGCCCCAAAUACGCUCCAUCGCGACGAGCAUCCGUGGAAGCCGCCUUGAAGAUUCUUGCUCGACAGGAAGAUCUGCACAACGCUUCUGGGCCUGGGGGCCGAUUACAUGAUGAUCGGUGGAUGGUCUUGUCAUUGCCGAUUCACGACUUCCUCCUCGCUGCUAUGGUGUUGUGCCUGGACCUCUCUGUCCGGAUGCGCUCACAGUCGCCGGUGGUGGCUGGGGACCAGGAUCUGACAACCCGAGAGUACAGAGCACUGCAAGUAUCUCAAGGGAUAUGGGCGGGGAAUCGCUCGGCAUCGCCGGAGACACAUAUUGCUGCUCUGGCUCUGGAAUUAAUGAUCAAGAAAGUGGCAAACAAGGGCGUCUACGGCUUUACGCCAUCACCAGCCCCUAUUGUUGACCCAACAGCCCCCGAUAUCGACUUGGAGCUCCCAUAUGCUGAACCCAUGUCACAUAUGAUUGAUGGUUCGGAGAGUCUUGACUGGGGCUUGUUGGAUCAAUACUUUCAAAAUUUGGAUAGCUUUAACCCCGAUUUCAGUAUGUGA